AGAGAGGUGAGAGCUUAGUGUAAGGUUGGGAAGGAAUGCCCACUAGAUGCGGCUGCUGAUAAUAGCGCGUAUCAGCACCAGAGCAGUGACUGAGAGCGCAGACAGAGAGAGGAGGAGAGGAGCAAGGAACAGCAUGCUCUGCCAGAGACUGGUUAAAUCACAGCAGCGUGAUUGAUUCAGGCAAACAAGGGUAAAAAAAUAAAGAGAGUCUCACGGAGCACAGAAUCCUGAGAGGAGAAAAGGGGUGGAAGUUAGAAGGCUGUGGGAACUCAUCAGCUCCUCGUGGAAAGGCAGAGCUGAGGUCAGCAGGCAGGAGCGUGGGAUCGAGCAGCAGCUGAACCAAGUCGAACAUUGCUUGGGCUGGGGCUUGGGCUGGACACUCUUAGAGGGGUAACGAGGGGCAUAGGGUGAAGAAAUACUGCUGAAACUUCAGUUACACUCAAUGCACACAUGCUCAUGGGAGUAACGCUUCUGGAUAUUACAGCAAGGCUACGGGGCAAGCUGCCACAUCCACUAGAGCGAUUUUGCAAAGCCACUGUCUGAUUGACUUAAUCCUGAUCUUUUUGUUUGAAAGAGAAAGACUAGCACUUUUUGGAACACUAGAGCACAAGUUCAAGGUUCUGUUCAAGGGCUAUUCUGAGAGACAUGAUAGAGAAUGAAAUAAAGAACGCGGCUUCCAUUCCAGAGCAUGGAGAAGUCAAGUAGUGAGGAAUCCGCCAUUCACCGUAGCCCGUCUGUGGACAGCCGCGACUCAGACUUUGCCCAAGCCUCCACCUCCGGACGGCCGUUCGGAGGACGAGGCUUUAACGCCGGCGCUUUUUACGGGUCCACUGGCCCACGUGCGCAAACCUCUGCUCAGAGUGGGGCGGCCAGCGACGACAAAGGCAACAAUAAAUACAAGUCUCCUAAAGGCAGCAAAUACGUGGUCUUUUAUCUGGAUCUAUCCUUUGUGUUCCUUCUAGAGUUCAAGAAGUGCAACAUGGCUAGAGGCUGCCUGUGCUGUCUGAAAUACAUGAUGUUCGUCUUCAACCUCAUCUUCUGGUUGUGUGGCUGUGGGCUGCUGGGAGUUGGAAUCUGGCUGUCUGUGUCUCAAGGCAGCUUCGCCACCUUCUCCCCCUCCUUCCCCUCUCUCUCCGCUGCCAACAUGGUCAUAGCCAUAGGCGCCAUCGUCAUGGUGACGGGCUUCCUCGGUUGCCUGGGCGCCAUCAAGGAAAACAAGUGCCUGCUUCUGAGCUUCUUCAUUGUCUUGCUGAUUAUUCUGCUGGCUGAGCUGAUUUUGCUCAUUCUUUUCUUCGUCUACUCUGAUAAGGUCAGUGAGAAUGCAAAGCAGGACCUGAAAGAUGGUCUUGCUCUCUACAAUACAGACAACAACAUUGGGCUGAGAAAUGCCUGGAAUAUCAUCCAAGCCGAGUGGAAGUGUUGUGGCGUAACUGGUUACACAGAUUGGCACGAGGCUCUGAAAGAAAAGGUGGUGCCCGACCGCUGCUGUCAAGAGCAUUAUCAGGAGUGUGGCCGCAACUCCACCAACAUGUUCUGGACACGGGGAUGUUACGAGAAGGUCGAAGAGUGGCUUGACGAUAAUAAGCACCUACUCGGAACCAUCGGCAUGUGUAUCUUGGUAGUUCAGCUCCUAGGAAUGGCCUUUUCCAUGACACUGUUCCAUCAGAUCCACAGAAGCGGGAAGAAGUAUGAUGCUUAACAAGGCCGUUUCUCAAGGGAGGAGCCCUGGUGCAUUAUGGGACAGACUCUGGAGGACAGCUCCUCCUCUUGUAUCUAACUUUCCCCACUGGCCAACCCCUCUUCCCAUUAAUUCCCCAGCGUAUACCUUACCAUCCUGUAUAGACUUCAGUCAUGGUCUUUCUCUUCUCCACUCUUUUCCCCCAUCUGCUCAUCUGCCAAAGAGACCCGGGGACAGAGAGGAACGAGAGGACCGACUCUUGGCCAGCAUCCUCCCCGUGAGGCCUCUGACUUGCUUCAUCUCCUCUAGAACCUUUAUUUUUACGCUUGAACUAACUAACGUUUGCAGGAAGGAGAAUAAUGACAACAAACUGUGUGGCUUUACUAAUACGUAAAUCCUUCCACCCAACGUACAGAAUGACGAGAAGACAUCAGACUGAAAACCUUCAGGGUGGGAUGAAUUUGAAAAGCAGCACCUCCAUCUGCAGUGUAAAUGACAAACAGCUCCAUUUUAGCAUGAUGCGGUUUUGUACAAGACAGAAAACUGUCACUUUGGCUCAAGACUUUUUGGUUUGUUUGUUUUUAUAUGUGACUUUGCCCCAACCCCAUAAUUGUCAUUUUUGUGCACCUAAGGAUUGGAAGAAGCCUGUACAAAGAGUUUAGCAAGGUAUGUCCAGGAAUUUGAGUUUGUCUGAGUGUGUUGGUAAUCAAGCCUUUUCUUAUGUUUAAAGGUUUGUGAUUUGUGGACGCAUCAAAAUGUGCUGAAAGUUUCAUUCUGACGAGAACCAUCACAAUCUAAUGUCAGUAUAAUUCAUCAAACAGGGACUGUUUUACCUUAUACAGACGGUCUAAUUAGCCAGCCGUCCACAUACAUGCAAAAACAUCCUUUGUUAACCACUAAAAGGUCAUUUUAACCAAACUGCUACUGAAACGCUGUAGCAUAGACAAUUAAAUAAAGUUUUUCUAGAAGAAAAUGGUGGAAGGUUACAAAAGUAAGUAAACCAGGCAUGUAUAAAAGGCAGAGUUUUGUGAGUUUGACCAUUUCCCCACGUUUCGUUCAUUGAAUCCAAGUCUGUAGCCUAAAAAAUGCCAAGACAAGAGCCUAAUGAUACAGAUUCCACCUAGUUCGUGUUUGCACAUCUCCCCAGGACAGUAACGUUUAUGUUUUUGGAAAAUUAAUUUACUCACUUUCAUGUCAAAUCUGUAGCACUUUCUUCCAAGGAAAUAGUUAGAAGCAGACCUGAUGCUUUCAAACUUUUAAAGGAGGGGGAGAAUAGUGUAAUAACAAGGCAUAUGAUUUAGAUUGGUGCUCUACAUUAUAUUUCAAGUUUUCUGCAGUUUUCUUCACUUCAAAACGUCCUUACUUGCUUCAGAACAUGCAACCCUCCACCAGCUCAUUUAUCGAACUUUGUGAUUGAUGGGCGUUCUAAUUCUGCAGCAUGUUCUGACCUUUCUGACAAGUUCUGUGGGCACAUAUUACAUGUGGGACAGAUAAUGACUUAAAUUGGUGGUCUGUUGUCCUUUUGUGUCCUACGGAAGAAAAUCACAGGGGACAGUGUGACAUGAUGUGACAGAAAUGUUCUUUUUGACGGAACUAUUUCUUUAAAGUAUCCUUAGCAGGGAAUCUAGCACUAAUGCCAACCCAACAGAACUGUGAAAAUUGUCAGUACUGCUUCACUGCAAGAUAUGUCAAGUAUUAAAGUUAAAUCGCAUACAGUAUACAGCAGAGCAGAACCAAGCAGAGUCAUAGUGUUAGUUAUAGUAGACGAUAAUCCACCAGCCAUAAUUCAUCUUAAGAAAGAGCAUCUGCAGUGUUUCUGUUUCGGCACACCUCAGCGCUAUAGCCUGUGCUGUUUUUCUGUCUCCAUCUGUCUUUUAGUUUCAAGCAUUAGGCUGUAACGGUUACAUUCCUGCUGAAUGAGGUGAUAAUGCUUCUGUAUCACACAGCCUAGAGGGACUUGGUUCAAAGGAAAUGCAUCUUGACGAGGAAGUUUUGAAGUGAAAGUAUGUUCACCAGCAGAUAGUUUUUAGGGGUUUAAAAUCACUGAGCAAUAGAUGGGGCGUGAUGAUGGAUGAGAGUCAGCCAGAGUGGGGUCAUCUGAUGGUCUCCAAUCCAGACUGUCACUGAGACUACUUGCCGUCCCUUAAGAGCUCGGCGUGUGCGCGUUGUUUAUGUGUGACUGAGAGGGACAUAAUAGAGCACUCGAGAAAAAUAAUAACACCUCUCAUCCCAUCAAACACUCACUGACACAAUCUUUGUUGACUGUAUUUUAGAAAAAUUGCUUUAUAUUAAGAAACAGUUGGGACCAGAAGCGACAGCUACUUCUAACGUUCAUCCUGUGUUGAAAUGGAGGGGAAAGAGUGCUUCUGCUCUGGAUGAGUGUAGGAACGCUGUCACUGAAGCCUGCUGCUAUAAGAGCCACCUGUGGUUAUUACGAUAGUGGAAAAAGUAAAAGACCGAGAGACUGCAGACUCUAUUAACUCACACUCUGCCUGCAAGCAUUUAAAGUCAACAUGAAGCCAAAAUUGACCCCGUUUACUUUUUGACCUUAUUUGUUUUUCCCGUUCUUACUAAAACUAAAAUUAGUAAAACU